UGCUUUUGAACCCUGUCCAUGUACACUGAACCCUGACAUCACUCAUCUGAAUCAUGAAUGCUCUCAUUAUUGGGAACAGCGAGAUCAGAGUGUAGCUAGCGGUCAAUUCUUCACAUCAAGUCCUGCUUACUGUGGGAUUCAGCUAUGUCAUUCCAAUUUCCAUCCAUUUCAUCAUUCAAGCUAAAUUGAUAAAAACUAAAAAGUCUUAGCAUCUUUUGAAUAUAUCAAUGCCUCAUUGGCUUGAAGUUGAACCAUGAUGCAGACAGUCUGCUGUGGCCAAAAUUUGAAUGAAGAUGGGUAUUAGGUUAAUUUUUUGCUAGUUUAUUCAGGCUGCAUCUACAUAGCUAGAGCAGACUGCAGCCAUGGAGGACAAGCCCCCGGCGCCUCCGGUGCGGAUGGCCAGUGUGCGGUCGGGCGGCGGUGACCGCGCGCCCGCCGACCUCCUGGCCGGCCAGCUCUCCCGGCCACUGCCCAAGGAGCCCGACGACGAGCGAAAGCGCCGCCUCAAAGCCAAGGUCACCAAGAAACACUUUGACAAGCCGGCCAUAUCCUAUCCGACGAAUUUCGAGCACACUGUGCACGUCGGCUUCGACCCAACCACCGGCGAGUUCAGCGGCAUGCCUGAGGCGUGGGUGUCGCUACUGAGCAGCUCCAACAUCAGCAUCCAGGAGCAGAAGAAGAACCCGCAGGCGGUCAUCGACGUGCUCAACUACUACGACGCCUCCAACAAGGACAAGGAGCACCCCAAGUACAUGGUGCCCAAGUCGGCCGACCACAGUCACGGCAGCUGGGCGUCGCCGACGCGCUCUCCGCGGCCCAGCAUCGGCUCUCAGCCGGGCAGCACGGCCGGCGCGGCGCUGCCCGGCUCGCGACACACGUCGUCGGCCUCGACGGCCACGGCCAGCACGCCGGACACGGCCUCGGCAGAGGUGGCCGACGAGGAGGACGACGAGCCCGAGGAGGCGUCCCCGCCGCCGCCGCCGGUGGCCGCCCGGCCCGAGCGCACCAAAUCCAUCUACACUCGGCCGCUGGAUGACGAGCCCACGCUGCCGCCGCCGCCGACACCGCCCACCAACGGCGCGCCGCUCGACACCAACAAGAACCCGACCGCGGCGCCGUCUACACCGGCGCGCAGCCGCGCCAAGAGCAAAAUGACCGACGAGGAAAUCCUGGACCGUCUGCGCUGCAUCGUCACUGUCGGAGAUCCGCACCGCAAGUACACCAAGAUGGAGAAGAUCGGUCAGGGUGCGUCCGGCACGGUGUACACAGCUAUCGAGACAGCCACCGGCUGCGAGGUGGCCAUCAAACAGAUGAACCUCUCCCAGCAGCCCAAGAAGGAGCUCAUCAUCAACGAGAUUGUCGUCAUGCGGGAGAACAAGCACCCGAACGUGGUGAACUAUCUGGACAGUUUCCUGGUGGGUGAGGAGCUCUGGGUGGUGAUGGAGUACCUUCCCGGCGGCUCGCUGACUGAUGUGGUGACCGAAACGUGCAUGGACGAGGGUCAGAUCGCGGCUGUGUGUCGCGAGGUACUCCAGGCGCUGCAGUUCCUGCAUGUCAACCACGUCAUCCAUCGGGAUAUCAAAUCAGACAACAUUCUGCUCGGUAUGGACGGUUCGGUGAAGCUGACAGACUUCGGGUUCUGCGCUCAGAUCUCGCCUGAACAGACCAAGAGGACGACUAUGGUGGGUACGCCCUACUGGAUGGCGCCGGAGGUGGUCACCCGCAAACAGUACGGGCCCAAGGUGGACGUCUGGUCCCUGGGUAUCAUGGCCAUUGAGAUGAUAGAGGGAGAGCCGCCCUAUCUGAACGAGAACCCGCUCCGGGCGCUCUAUCUGAUCGCCACCAACGGGCGGCCGGAGAUCAAGGAGCGGGACAAACUAUCUGCCCAGUUCCAGGCGUUCCUUGACCUCUGUCUGGAGGUGGACGUCGACAAGCGGCCGACAGCGGCCGAGCUCCUCAAACAUCCGUUUAUGAAGACGUGUCGACCGCUGGCCAGUCUGCACCCGCUCAUACUGGCGGCCCGGGAGGCCAUCCGCGGUCACUAGCCGGCCGGUGACGAACGGCGACCUUUGGUGGCCAGCCGUGACCCUCGGUGACCUGUGGAUACCUUCGGUGACCUCUGGUGACCCGUGGUGGCAAGCAGAGGCUCUCAGUGACCCGUGGGGACCCUCGGGGACGAGCCAUGACCCUCGGUAACCCGUGGUAACCCUCGGUGACCUCAGCGGUCGCCGCGGCCGCCUCUCCGAUGACUGCCGUCAGUGGGAGCAAUCCCGACACACGGGAGUUCUGAGACAUGUCACAUUGUUGUGGCCUCUCGCCGCCGGCUGCGUCCGAGCGCGUUCGGCGCUGUCUCCAGUCUGUCUGUCUGUAGGCAGAGUUGUCUGUCUGUUCGCAGACGUAACCUCCAGGCGGCGUGCAGUCUCCAGAGAGUAGAGACAGACUUACACACUGUAUCCAGUGUCCGACAAAUGCGUACUGUAUACUGUAUAGAGCAGAGGCGCUGAUACAGUGUCUGACGUGUACAACAGACACAGCUUGCUAGGCGGGUCCGUCACACAGGCAGUCGCCUCUCGGUCCUCAGUUGUCCGCGCCGCGUCUCUCAGCGCCUAUCCAACGUGCAACUCUGUCGGAAAGUGUUCAGUGGCAGCGCUUCUUGGGUCCGGAGACUGACGAGGGAAAGAGGGAAGGAGAGAGCGAUCGGCCUGCGCGCAGCGACAUCGAAUCUCAGCGUCUCAUGGUCUAGGCCGCUAGCGUCUUUUAGCGGGGCAGCAGCAGCGCGCAGCACUCGUGUCGUUUUGUAGCUAUCUAGUUGAGUUAGGCAGCCUACGCGCGGGGACGACCAGCCUAACAUAGAUGAGGGCGGCCGGGACCGCCUCACGCAUGUUAAUCGUAUUGGCAAUCUUCAGCUGCUAUAAGAAGAUUUCGUGAUAACCAUAUCCUUUACUAAAUAGCUUCUCAGUAGUAGCAUGUUCUUGCCAAUUGUGUUGAUUGAUUUGUUUUCCGCCGCCGGCACUGACAAAUAGGGACAAUAAAACGUCUUAUACUGAAUUUAUUCGAAUGAGUGUACGUCAUAUUUUGACAGAACCCUUUGUUUUUGAAUAAACACCGAAAAACCUU